GGAGAGAGCAAGACGGAGGAGACAGCCAGCAUGUCAUCGGCAGGUGCAUUCUUUCACCUGGCUAACUGGAAGGUGAUCCUGUGGGUGCUGUCCUCUCUGCUGGCCCUGGUGGACGGCGUCAAGCCUGGAGGUCAGAGGUCAGAGCACAGUAAUGCCGUGAGGCUGGCGGCAGGCCACUGGCCCUCCGACGUCCCAGAUAUCGAGGAGCUGGGUGAUGCGUCUGACAUGCGCUCCUUCUGGGGCGGCCUGAUUGAGCGUCCGUCUCUGCCGAAUGAAGAGGAGGACCAGCAGAUCCGGUGGGAGCGCUCUCCCUCCGACGCCACGCCGUCGCGGGGGUCGCGGAAGAACCGGAGGAGGUCCAAGAGCAGCCGGGACUGCCGGCUGGAGAAGAAGCAGAUGCGGGUGCGGGACCUGGGGCUGGGCUUCGACUCGGACGAGAUCGUCCUCUUCAAGUACUGCGCGGGCACCUGCCACAGCGCCCGCAGGAACUACGACCUGGCCCUCAGGGCCAUGCUGGAGAACGGGAGCCUCCCCAAGCACGCCGCCAAGAAGCUGAGCACGCAGCCCUGCUGCCGGCCCACCCGCUACGAGACGGUGUCCUUCAUGGACGCCCAGACCACCUGGCGGACGAUCAAGUGGCUCUCGGCUGCCAACUGCAGCUGCGUGGGCUGAGAUGGGGCGUGGGGGGAGGGGACUGGAGAUAACCCGGCGAAAUAAACGACAGGAGGUGAGCUAAGGAAGAGAGGGA